CUCGUCUUCCAGGCAGGGGUCCAAAAGACUGAUAUGACAUUGAACCGAUCGCAGUGGCGUGGUAUGAAAUCUGGCAAUGAAUUACAGACCGUUCUUGACGAGAUUACCAAACUGGACUCCAAUUUCGAUACCGAAAGCUUUCUACGUUUUUGUCGUUUUCUAGUCAUCCCCAAUGUUCUUGAAGCAAUUGUCCGUUGCGAUCUCAAGAUAUUGAAAGACUGGUGCUAUGAGGCGGUAUGUUCCAUGCUAUUCGGGCACUCAUCCUUUUCUAUUCAAAUGGGUAAAAUGAUGGAACAAGGCCCAGUUCUGGUGAUCAGCUUUCAAGCACAACAGAUCAAUUGUAUUCGGGACAAGACAGGAUCCGUGCGUGAGGGUGAUCCGCACAAGGUGCUUCGUGUCACACAUGUGUGGGCACUUUGUCGUGAUCAGUCUGAAUUUCAUCCGUGGGCCGCGUGGCGUUUGCUCGACAUUGCCAUGAUGCCCACCGAGCAGUGGUUGUGA